UGAAAUUAAUACUCUUAAAGAAAAAAUAUUGGCUGAAAAUGGCGUUAUGUCAGCAGCUACUGGGCAGCUAGCUACAAGAGGAAUGGCCGCCAUAACGGACCGAAGCUAACGUUAGCUUAACGGUUUACUGAUGCUCCUUCACUGAACUGGAUGUCUCUGGAGAUGGAGGGCUUCAGAGUUGAUUCAGAGGUAGGAAAUGUUAGUGAAACAGAGCAGGCUGUGGUCCCCCGGGCGGGCAGGGACCACGCUGUGACCGGUGACCUUAGAGUGCUCCACAACCUGCGGGCCUUUGAGGAGACCAGCCCGGUGACCUCCCCCUUUGAAGGGGUGCAGACAGAAAUCCAGCCGUACAUGAGAAGGAUACUGGCUGUGUGGAUGUUUCAGGUAUGUGAGGAGCAGAAAUGCGAGGAGGAGGUGUUUCCGCAGGCGAUGCGUUACCUGGACUGUUACCUGAGCCGUUUUGCCGUUGAGAAGACCAACCUGCAGCUGUUAGGGGCAGUUUGCAUGUUCCUGGCAUCCAAAAUGAGAGAAACGAUCCCCCUGACUGCCAGCAAGCUUUGCGUCUACACGGAAAACUCCAUUUCAGUCUCAGACAUUCUGCACUGGGAGCUGGCAGUGGUGUCAAGGUUAGAGUGGUGUCUGGCCUCCGUGGUCCCCUCUGACUUCCUGGAGCCAAUUCUUUACGCUCUCCCCUUUGUCCGACCUCCCCACCUUCAGAACAUGCGCAGGCAUGUUCACACCUACAUCGCUCUGGCUGCCACGGAAUGCAGGUUUUCAGUCUUCCUGCCCUCCACUGUAACGUGUGCCUGCGUGAGCAUCGCCACGCAGAAGCUAAAGCUGCUGGACGCUGGCGUGUCUGCAGAUUCAGUGAUAAAGUUUUUGGCCGACCUUUUGGCCGCUGAUCAGAACGCCCUGCUCCUCUGCUAUGACCAGCUCAGGAUUGUGUUAGAGCUCAGCCUGCCCUCCAGUUUUCAGGAUACGGUUUGCAAGCCAAAGGAACACGGAUCAGGGAGCAGUUACACCCCUGCUGACAUUCAGGAUGUUGUACUGACACCAACGUCCCCACCUGAGGAAAUCAAACUAAAACACUCCUCCCUGCCUUGAAAAGUUUACUGCCAGGAAAUGAAACGAGAAGGCCAGAUAAGAUGGAAGAAAUUCAUCUACACGGGUCUUCGAUUAAGUCUUGUUUUUUUUGUGCAUGCUUUGUUUAAGAGUGUUUUCCAGAAUUGCGUAAGCAGUUUUAUCCCUUGAUCUACAUAAAAACCUGUUCUGACAGUGAAAAUCAAAUUGCACACAAUCCUGACAGCAGUGUUUGCACAUUUUAAUUGUUACUUUUUGCAAAUCUAAUGCUAGUAAUGGUGGUUCUGUUAAGUUUAAAAUGAAGUCUGUCUGCAGUUUUAGCUGUGCCGAAUGCAAAUGAAUCCUGUUACACGUCAAUGCAAUAUCUGCAUGUAGGUCAUUAACAACAGUGGCCAGCAAAUGAGUUGUUUGUUGUCGUUUUUUAUUGACUUCCUCAUCCCAGCAAGGACAACACAGCAGACCAGUCAUACAAAUGAUAAGCCAGUAACUUUGGCAGACAUGGUUUAAAUUAAACCUGAAAUAUGUGGGAUAAGGGAAAGGGAGAAACAAAAACAAUGAAAUGCCCACAUUACAACAAACAUAUUAAAUUGUUACACAUUUUUAAAAAAAAGAAAAAAAAAAAGGCAAAAACAAACAUCUUACUAACAAUUUUUUCCCUGUCACACCUGAAUAAUCAAAGAUCAUCUGUGAGAAUGAGUUUUACCUUCAUCUUAAUACAAUCCAUCAGAUUCCAGAAAUUAAGGAAAAAACAAAAAACAAACUUCUAAUAAUUAAAAUAAAAAAAUGUAUCUUUUGCAUAUGAACAGGCUUUCAAUUCCUGAUGAGCCUCCUUCAUCAGAACCACGAUGUUUCUGAACAACAUGGUUCUGCAGCUUGCAUCAAUGGCUUUGUGCAACUCUUGUUACAUGACACUGAUAAAUAAAUGGUGUAGUUAUCAGGUUUCAGUGGCCUGAAAGUGCGAUUCCAGGCGCUGGCUUAGCAUCCAAAUGAAAAUCAAACAUACAUGUUGAUGUAGCUGAAUACCAGGAGUAUUUUAUAAAGCAAGACAGAGCCCGGUAGCUACGAAAAUAUCUGGUCAAGCUUAAUUAAGGAUCAAUAUCUGUAUGCCUAAUUUAUGAUUUUAA